AUGGUUCUGCUUCGAAGCUUCAGAAGCCCCUCCCAAAAUUGUCCUUUGCGACCUCGGUCGAGCAGCAAGCUACGGCCGGAGCUGAUCUCACAGCCUUGUCGAGUCGGCGACUUCACCUCUAAGUCGACCUACUUGGCACAACCUCAUCAGAUACACUCCGGAGUCAGUAGCAUGCAACGGACAAAAGCCAUCAACGAUCAUCUGCACCCAUCGAAAGAGGCUACAAGCAACAUGGACAUCAAACAGUAUCCUCUGUCGCCACCAACGCUGGACGAACUCGUCUCGGUCAUCCAACCAGCACUGGAAGCCAACUACAACACCUCGUCCAUCAGCGUCACGCAAUGUCCCGAUCUUCGGGAAGCACCAUACAAUCUCGCUGCCGAAGGCUUGUCUGGUAACGAGCUUAUCAUGGACAUCGGCGGCCAGCCCAACCUCUUCCCGGAGCCGAGACUUGAUAGAAAGUUCGACAUGGCUGGCUGUGCCAAAGCUGUCGGCAUGUCUACUGAUCAUGGCUCAUGCAUUGGUGCUGGAGCCGGACCCUGGCAUAGGCUGGGAAUCAACUCUGAGCUUGCUCCGAACUUUAGCUGGAAGGGUGACUAUGGGCAGGGUUUGGUGAACCAGACCUACUACACCAAGAUAGCGAAGAAGUCUGGAAAGGCUGUCUGCGAGCGGAGUGAAAGUGUUGACUGCGCACUCAUGAUGAACCUCUACGGCUCAGCAGGCCAGCCUGGUCCCGUUCUCAAGGUCACUGCUCGAGGUCGGAAAGGCGGCGAGAAGAGCUUCACCGACUGCAUUCGGCGUGGGAUCUCCAAACACUACGGCAAUGCUAGACCGAUUAGUCUGGGCGGCGUCUUCGUUGUGAAGUCUGGCAAGACGAAUUACCACGUCAUGCCGGACUUUCCUGAGAAGCCUCCCGGACAGCAAUACACAUUCAAAGAUGCUAAGCAGUUGAAUGACUGGCUCACGUAUCAUCAUUUCGAGUCGACACCCGACUCCCCCAUUGUCUGUCUCACUGUCUUUCACUCUACGGACCCGGACAAGAAGAUGGGCUUGAGAAUCGAACAUACCCAUUGCUUCACUACCGAUGGAAGCAAUCGAGGCGGCCACUACCACUACGACCUCGAAGACGAACAAGUGGAAUACGAAGCCUACCUCAACACCGCAAAGAUCAUCUACAGGAUCGACAGACCCGAAGUCACAUUGGAGCGAGACUUGCACGACUGA